AUGGUAUGGCUAAUUGCACUCGCAUUGCUUCUUGGUGUUGCCAUUGUUCUUCUUCUUUUCAACCCAAGACACCACAAAUCUGGACAAAAGGGAAAAGCUGGUUCCACCUCAAACAAUGAUAAGACAUCAAAAUCCUAUAGUAAAAAUGAAGUCACAUUGCAUAACAAGAGAACAGAUUGCUGGAUAAUCAUUAAGAACAAGGUAUACGAUGUCACCUCAUAUGUGGAAGAACAUCCAGGUGGUGAUGCCAUUCUAGCACAUGCUGGAGAUGACUCAACCGAAGGAUUUUUCGGGCCACAGCACGCAACUCGAGUUUUUGACAUGAUUGAGGACUUCUACAUUGGAGACUUGGACCAAUAG